UGCGAAGCUAGCCUCGGAGAGAGGCGCGAGAGCUACAGUCCUCGACAUCAUUACAUUCCCAGAUAAAUCACAAUGUGUACGUCCUGAAAAUGUCGUUCGCGAAACUCUAAGAAUCCGAUUUGACAUGUUUUAAUCCCGAUUAACUGAGCAGGGAGAAAGAAACUGGGUUUUGCUCUAUGUAUCAACAAGUGAAUCACGACUCGUUUCCGUUUUCUCUUCAGUGGUAUCUUCCGCUUGGCCGACCUUUUCCAGUUUCAGUGUGAAUAAACGAACGGGGAUAUAGGCGUGAUUUUCUAACAAACACCUUCACAAUGGCAGGAUUAUCUGAGGCAGUCAUCUUCCUCUGGCUCUUUCAUUGCGCGUUAGCGCAAAGAAUGCUUUAUAUCAGUGGAACUACUGCCGGUACGAACAACACGUGUGGAGGGAGCUUCACCCUGGCCCCUCGCUCCACAGAGAAUGUGACCCUUCUGGUCAGCAAGGACCGCCUACCCAGGGGCUACUGUGAGGUCACGGUGGGAAUCAACAACUCUCAGAGAUGCAGGCGCCAGAUAUGUGUGCAGGGAGCAGGUGCUCUAGAAAAUACUGGGAUGAUCUUCAAGUUUACAUCCAGUCCUAGUGGCCAAACAGAUGAGUACAGGGGACCAUAUACAAAUCUCACAAGUGGAAAAUGUUUUGAUGCAUACUCAUUAUUCGUCAACAUUAGUGAACCCGAGUCUGUCGGUAAUAACUUCGACUUUCAACUGACUUUUCGUCCCACUUGUAAUGACAGCAACUCAGCGUCUGACAUAGCUUCAUCCGAUGCAGACAGCCAAGCUCUGAACACAAAGGAGGAGCUAGAGCAGGCCGUGAUUCUGACCACUGUGUAUGGGGCCAUUACAGGGGUCUGUCUGGCAUUCAGCUUCCUCAUCAUUCUUUUCAUUACCUACUGCUAUUACAAGUCCUAUCCCUAUGGCAACAAGAAACGCGAACCUGGUAAGAGUCUAGCUCUCUUCAUUCUCUUCAUUACCUACUGCUAUUACAAGUCCUAUCCCUAUGGCAACAAGAAACGCGAACCUGUUCAAAAGAAACAAGCACCUGCCAGCUCAGACAAAAAGGACAUUAAUAAGGAGAGAAACAUGGAGGAGAUGAAAUUACUAGGACCUGCGGAGCCAGUCGGUGAUUCUUCAGGUCUGGGUGUAUCUGACGGAGAUGUAGUGGACUUGGAGGAGGGUUCCAGCUCAAAGAAAGGGGAACCAGAUAGUGGUGAGGAGGAAAAGCAAGAAUCAGUCACUGUGGAGAAGGAAACCACGCAAGAAAAUGUGGAGAAGAGCGAAGUAAAUGUGGAAGAGAAGAAGGGAAAUGACUUUGUAGAUGUGGAUUUGAAAACGCCAGAAGCAGAGAAGAGCCUGCAAGCUGCCUCAUUGGAUUCAGAUUAAUUAACAUUGGAUGUAGAAAAAAAAAGUUUUGAUUUUAAUUCCAGUAUGAUAUUUUUAUUUUAUAUCUGAUAAAUAAAAACCAACAUUUAAUACAUGAGCGCAAACUAGACAUAACUGAAUACCUGUAAUUGUAGAUUGUCGGAUAAAUGUUGUCAUGAAAUGUGUGUAAAUGUUGACCUGUGUAUAGUAGCUCAAUGGAGUGUUUAAAAUCAUGAUGUUCAUGGGUUUUUUUAUAAAAAAAUAAAGAAAUUUUAUAAUUCUUGCAA